GGAAAGGAGAGAGAGAGCACUUUACCACUUUUAUAUGUUGCACGCAUCCAUAGCAGAGAACACAAGGAAGACAGGGUACUCCACACAGACAAGGGAAAGAAGGAAAGAGAGAGAAAGAUCGAAAGAAAGAAAACCCAUUUAAAAGAUUUUUACUCGGCACAAGAACAACAGAAAAAAUGGGUCUGUGAGUUAUGCCAUAGAAAAUAGAGCCCAAUAUUAUAGGGUGAGAAGAGGGAAAAAAAAGGAGGGAAAGAAAGAGGAGGCAAAAAACAUGAACAGAGAUGAGAUUGGAAGAGAUGAGGUUCUUGUGUGUGCUGGAAUGGGUCUGGUGAAGAACCUUGCAUGCAUUUGACAAGUGUUUUCUGGUGUCAGAAAAAUUUGGAUUUCAAAUCAAAGCCCAGAUCUUAUUUUCUGUUUUUCCCCAUCACCAUUUCAAGAGUUCCCUGCUGAAGAGCCCAUUAUUUUCUCCAGAAAAAUCUGGAAAGGUUUCGUCUUGUUCGUUUUUCUGGGUUUCAGGAGGAGGAAGGGGAGGUGUUCUUGUUCUUCUUCAUCAUUUUGUUGAGGGUAAGAUUUAGAUGAAGGCUGUGCCCCUACCCUUUGAGGAAUUUCGAGGGAAAGGGGUUUUGGAUUUUGGUUCUGCUGCUUCAGAUUUGUUCUUGAAGUGGAAUCAUAAUCAUCAUAGCAACAAUAUUCUUCAAGAGCAUUGCUAUGUGGGCACUGAGCCCACCUCCGUUUUGAACGUCAUAAGAAACCCAAGCCCUCCGACUUCCUCCUCCACACUGUCUUCCUCACACGGCGGUGGCGGCAGCUGCAGCGGCGCCACCGGCUCCACUGACAGUUCUACAGGCGCGGCGAAGGUCUCCGGCGACAACCCACCCCCUCACACGGUGUUAGACGCCACUCCUCCGACGGCGCUGGAAAGAUGUGGGAUGGAAAUGGAGGACUGGGAGAGCGUGUUGUCUGAGUCGCCUGGUCAAGAUCAGUCCAUCCUGAGGAUGAUUAUGGGUGACAUUGAAGACCCAUCUGUGGGAUUAGGCAAGCUUUUGCAGAGUGGAACUGGUUCUCACCAAGAUGUUGUCGAUUUCAAUGGAGGAGGAGGUGGGGUUUUCGGUGUUGUGGAUCAAAGCUCUGUUCUAGACCAUAUUUCUGGUGCUAAUUUUGCAAGCAGCAUUGACGCUUCUGGAACUCCUCCUGGGAAUUUUCCUGAUUUUCCUUUCAGUACCAUCCACAAUGUUAGCUUUAAUAGUAAUAUGGCCAGAGUUGGUUCUUCUGUGAAUCAAAGCCCCAUUUUCCCUCCGUCACCAACUUCUCUUCCGCCGGGUAUGUUUCAGCCUCAGCAACACCAGCAAGCUAUGGGGUCUCUGGACGAGAAGCCACAAAUCCUCAAUCCUCAGUUCAUUCUGAACCAAAGUCAAGCUCAGUUUAUACAGAAUCCAGCUUUUGUUAUGCCGUUGUCGUAUGAACAUCAGCUUCUUGCUCAGCCUCCGGCGAAACGGCCUAAUUGCAGUCCUAUCAGGCCAAAUUACCAGGCUGUGAAGCCUCCAUUUCCAGAUCCUGGACAGGAGAUAUAUCUGCGGCGGGGGCAGCAACCUCCGCUUCAGUUGCUUCCUCAUCAUCUGCAGCAGCAACGUCAGGCAUCUCCGGCGAUGGCUCCGAAGCCAAAAAUGGCGAGCCCCGGCGAAGAAUUGGUGACCCACCAGCUUCAGCAGAGUGUGAUGGACAAGCUGUUCAAGGCCACAGAGAUGAUCGAAACCGGUAAUCCGGAACUCGCGCAAGGGAUAUUGGCGCGGCUCAAUCACCAACUUUCUCCAAUUGGUAAGCCUUUUCAAAGGGCUGCUUUUUACAUGAAGGAGGCCUUGCAAUCGCUUCUUCUCCAUUUGAACAACACCAACAACAAUUCUUUGACCUUCUCUCCCAGUGGCCUUGUCCUCAAGAUUGGAGCUUGCAAAUCUUUCUCAGAAAUCUCUCCAGUUCUCCAAUUCUCGAAUUUCACUUGCAACCAAGCACUUCUUGAAGCUGUUGAAGGGUAUGAUCGAAUCCAUGUAAUGGAUUUUGACAUUGGGUUUGGUGGACAAUGGGCUUCUUUCAUGCAAGAGCUAGCUCUCAGAAACGGUGGUUCACCUUCUCUGAAAAUCACUGCCUUUGUAUUGCCCUCGAAUCAUGACGAAUUCGAGCUCAGUUUCACUCAAGAAAUUCUGAAACAAUAUGCUUCUGAUCUUAGCAUACCCUUCGAGCUUGAGAUUGUGAGCCUGGACUCUUUGAACACUGCGUCUUGGCCACAACGUCUUCGAGACUGUGAAGCCAUUGUUGUUAAUUUGCCCAUUGCUUCCUUCUCGCAUUGCCCAUCAUAUCUCUCUUUGGUCCUUCGUUUUCUGAAGCAUCUCAUGCCGAAAAUUGUUGUCACUGUGGAUAGGCCUUGUGAUCGAACUGAUGCGCCAUUUGCUCAACACCUGAUUUACGCUCUUCAAUCUUAUUCAGUGCUUCUUGAGUCGCUUGAUGCUGUUAGUGUCAACCUUGAUGUUCUUCAGAUGAUUGAGAAGUACCUUGUUCAACCGGCAAUGGAGAAGCUGGUUUUGGGUCGCCACAGGCUGCAAUUACAAGAAAGAACCCCGCAGUGGAAAACCCUGCUUCUGACAUCUGGGUUUUCGCCAUUGACACUGAGUAACUUCACAGAAUCUCAAGCAGAAUGUUUGGUUCAGAGGAACCCUGGAAGGGGAUUUCAUGUGGAGAAGAAGCAGUCUUCUCUUGUUCUAUGCUGGCAGAGGAAGGAACUAAUCUCAGUUUCAACAUGGGGAUGCUAAGCAGAGGCAAUUUGAACAUUAGAACCCAAUUAAUGUUUAAAAAUUGAAAAGGUGCUUCGGGACUUACUGCUUCUGUUGGUCUUUUUUGUCAUUGAAUUUUCCUUGUCUAUGGUUCAAUGCUAAUUGUCUAUGUGAUCUAGGCUUAUUAUUUCCAAUGAGGGAAGUAAAACUUUUGAAUCAGCAACUGAAUUUCAUUUUAUGAGCUAUCUUUAUGUUUUAGACUUCUAGUACUCUUGCUUUUAAUAUGGCCAUAUUCUAUUCAUGCAUUUAAUUCUACUUA